ACCAAUCGAUCAGUCAUUUCAGUUCCUAGAUCUGCGAAGUUUUGAGAACCCUUUCUACAAUCAAAGAUGAACAAACAAGUCUCAGAGAGGAUUCAUGUUCUCUUCUUCCCCUUUAUGGCUCAUGGCCACAUGAUUCCAGUUAUAGACAUGGUCAAGCUUUUCUCGAGCAGAGGAGCCAAAUCAACCAUUCUUACCACACCAAGCAACUCCAAGAUUUUGGAGAAAAGCAUUGAAGCAUUCAAGAAUCAGAACACUGAUGUAGAAAUCGGAAUCAAGAUCUUUGAUUUCCCUUGUGUAGAUCUGGGAUUACCUGAAGGGUGCGACAACGUUGACUUUAUCAGCUCGUACAAAAAACCUGGGGCGGGUGACUUGUUAUUAAAGCUUUUUCUGUCUACCAAGUAUAUGAAACAGCAAUUGGAGAGUUUUAUCGAAACAACCAAACCGAGUUGUCUUGUGGCCGAUAUGUUCUUCCCUUGGUCUACCGAAUCCGCAGAGAAGUUUGGUGUCCCAAGACUUGUGUUCCACGGAACAUCGUUCUUUUCCUUGUGUUGUUUUUAUAACAUGAAUACUCAUAAGCCACACGAAAAAGUUGCUACGACUUGUACACCUUUCGUAAUCCCUGGUCUCCCAGGGGGGGGCUUAGUAAUGACAGCAGAGCAAGCCAAUGUCGCCGACGAUGAAACUCCAAUGGGAAAGAUUAUGAAAGAGAUUGGAGAAUCAGAGUCAACUAGCUUUGGUGUUUUGGUGAAUAGCUUUUACGAGUUGGAAUCGGCUUAUGCUGAUUUUUACUCCAAGAAUGUGGCCAAAAGAGCUUGGCACAUUGGUCCGCUUUCGCUGUGCAAUAGAGAGUUUGCAGAGAAAGCCGGAAGAGGACAAAAGGCCAACAUUCAUGAGGAGGAAUGCCUCAAAUGGCUCGAGUCUAAGACACCUGGUUCUGUAAUUUACGUUUCGUUUGGCAGCGGAAAUAACUUCACCAACGAGCAGAUGCUUGAGAUCGCUGCCGGUCUUGAAGGCUCUGGACAAAGUUUCGUCUGGGUGGUUGGUCAAAAGAAUGAAAACCAAGGUGAAAAAGAAGAGUGGUUGCCUGAAGGAUAUGAGGAAAGGAUGAAAGGGAAAGGGCUGAUAAUACGCGGAUGGGCCCCACAAGUGCUUAUACUUGAUCACAAAGCAGUUGGAGGAUUUUUGACGCAUUGCGGAUGGAACUCCGCUAUAGAAGGCAUUGCUGCGGGGCUGCCAAUGGUGACAUGGCCCAAAGGAGCAGAGCAGUUCUACAACGAGAAGCUAUUGACAAAAGUGUUGGGAAUAGGAGUGAAUGUAGGAGCUACAGAAUUGGUGAAAAAAGGAAGGUUGAUUAAUAGAGAAGAAGUAGACAAGGCUGUAAGGGAAGUGAUGUCUGGAGAAGAGGCAGCGGAAAGGCGGAUACGAGCUAAGAAACUAGGCGAGAUGGCAAAAGUCGCUGUUGGGGAAGGAGGGUCUUCUUAUAGUGAUUUGAACAGGCUCAUGGAAGAGCUUAACAGUAGAAAGUAAAAUAAGACAAAACAUGCUUUAUUUAUGUUGUGUGAUAAUUUCGUGACUAUGUUUUUAUUAUCCACUACAGUUGAGUUUGUUAAAGAAAAUGUCUGGAUUGGAUGAAUCGGUUAACCGAAAUUAAACCGGACGUGUUUGGAAU